UGCUUCCUAAACAGACUGUACUGUGGUCCUGUGAGUGUAGUUUUACAAAGAAAGGUAUUUAUGAAGGAAACUGAGGCACGUUGAAGAAGCUGAAAGAAGCUGGUUACUAACUGGAACUACAAAGUCAUCAGAUUUACUGAAAUCAGACAGUGAGUGAAAUCAGACGGUGAUCACUCCACAGAACUCAAAGUGAAAGUGUGAGUGUUCUGACUGGAGGAGACACCAGGGGAAGAAAAUGGCUUCUAAGUUUUCAGAGGAGGAUUUCUCCUGUCCGGUGUGCCGUGAAAUCUUCAGAGAUCCUGUUAUUCUGCGCUGUAGCCACAGUGUGUGUAAAGACUGUCUGCAGCAGUUCUGGAAAAUCAAAGGAUCCAGAGAAUGUCCAGUUUGUAGGAGAAAGUCUCCAGUGGAGAAACCUCCCAUAAACCUGGCUCUGAAGAACCUGUGUGAGACUUUCUUACAGGAGUCGAGUCCGAGAGCUUCAGCAGGGUCAGGAACACGCUGCAUUCCACACAGCGAGAAACUCAGACUCUUCUGUCUGGAUGAUCUACAGCCUGUGUGUUUGGUGUGUCGGGACUCUAAAAUACACACCAACCACAAAUUUCUCCCCCUGCAGGAAGCAGCAGUAGACUACAAGAAGGAACUCCAGGCUGCACUGAAGCCUCUAGAGGAGAAGCUGAAGAUCUUUAAGGAGUGUAAACUGAGCUGGGAUCAGACUGCAGAGCAUAUAAAGACUCAGGCCCGGCGCACAGAGAGGCGGAUUAAGGAGGAGUUUGAGAAGCUUCACCAGUUUCUACGAGAUGAAGAGGCAGCCAGGUUAACUGCACUGAGGGAGGAAGAGGAGCGGAAGAGUCGGGCGAUGAAAGAGAAGAUUGAGAAGAUGAGCAGAGAGAUAUCAUCACUUUCAGACGCAGUCAGAGCCGUAGAGGAGCAGAUGGCAGCUGAAGACGUCUCAUUCUUACAGAACUACAAGGCCACUCUGAAAAGAACCCAGUGCUCACUGCAGGAUCCAGAGAGGCUUUCAGGAGAGCUGCUCCAUGUGGCUAAACAUCUAGCCAAUCUGAAGUUCACAGUCUGGGAGAAGAUGCAGAAGAUCAUGCAGUUUGCUCCUGUAAUUCUGGAUCCCAACACUGCUCAUCCUAAACUCGUCCUCUCAGAUGAUCUGACCAGUGUGAGAUUCAGUGAUGAGAAGCAGCAGCUUCCUGAUAAUCCAGAGAGGUUUGAUAAGCUGGUGUGUGUGCUGGGCUCCGAGGGCUUCAACUCAGGGACGCACUGCUGGGAUGUUGAAGUGGGAGAUAAACUCUGGAUUUUGGGGGUGAUGACGGAGUCUGCUGAGAGGAAAGGAGAGAUUUUCUCCAGGAGUGGAGUUUGGUCAUUGUGGUAUCUGAAUGGACAAUAUGCGGUAGGUUCAUCACCACAGCCUGGAACUCCCCUCUCAGUGGCCCAGAAUCUCCAGAAGAUCAGAGUGCAGCUGGACUGGGAGAGAGGAAUGCUCUCAUUCUCUGAUGGUCUGACUAACAGAGACUUACACACCUUGUCACACAGAUUCACUGAGAGGGUCUUUCCAUUGUUCAUGAACGUCUGUAAAGUCUCUCCUAAGAAGAUCAUACCAGUGCUUAAAGAGCCAACACAGUCACUUCUGCAAUUAAGCCAGAAAUAAAAAUUUCAAUGUUUACUGUUUACCAUUUUACAGAUAAGAAACGAUGCACGGACGUGCGUACAUAUGGAUAUGUGGACAGCCAAUCAAAAUGCACCUGACAAAAACCUGAUAUUGGUAGCAGCUUAAUGUGUAAUAGAUUUCAGACAGUCUGUACCUGUAUGAGCCUCUGAGGCUGAGAAUUAGCACAGGGUGGAAAUACUUUCACACUAACCCAGCCUCACCUGUACGAGUGUGACGAGAACACAGAUCCAGAAGUGACAGAGGAUGGGCUCAGAUAUUCCAAUAGACUCAUAUUUAAACUCAUCUUGGUGUUAAAAGUACAGACCUGGAACAGUACUAAACAUAUCAUACCUACAGGGAUGCAGGAUGAUGCUGUAAGUUGCUUGAAACAGUUAUAUGUCCAUAUUUUAUUUAUGAAUUGAAUUUCUUGAAUAAAGAACAUAAAACACAAUAUAUGAUGUAAUGA